GGUUUUUUCUGGCUCUUCUUGGCUGCCUUCAGCGUUUCUACUGCGUAUCUCCUGCGCCUCGGGGUCGUGUAGCCAUCAGAUUCAGGUAAUAGCUAUGCCUGGUACUAGCCGUUUAGUGGCUUCGCAUAUAGCGUGUAUUAGCUCAAAGUUGUCUGCGUUUCUUCUCUUGUUAAUUUUUGUCUUAAGUAGAACUCCUGGAAUCUCUAAGAGAUGGUCUUUCUUUAGGAUUUUGAGUCCUAGCGUAUCCAGUCAAUUUAUGAUUUGGUCUUUUAUUAUCUGAGACGGCACGUGAACGUCGACAUCGCCACUCUUCAGGGUGUUUACAGCAAAUGCUCCUGGUAUUGCCUUUUUAGCCAUUUCCAGUAUCUCUCCUGGGUCCUUUCCCUGGGAAUCCUUAAGGCGGAUUCGGAUUGUGGUCCUCUGUGACGCGGC